CUGCAGCCGUGACGCAGGUAACAGCUAGUGACUGAUUACUGUAACCUCCCUCUCCCUCACUUGGAUGUGUCUGUGGAGGAGGAGGCAGUGUGUUCCGUGUAAUGUAAGCAUAACCUAAAGUAGGAACACACUGACACAGUAUUGACGGAAGAUUCGUGAGUGGACAGCAACAAGCAAGAACAAACAACAAAUGUCUCACAGGAAACAAACAUAAUAAAGACAAUAACAAGCAUAAAGGAACAACAAUUAAAAAGAAUAUAUCUAAAAAAAAACCAUUGUGUGCAGUGAAGGUAGUGACUAUCUGGCACAACAAGGAACACCAACAGUAGCCAUGUUUGGAUGGAAACCUCUAGUUAAAAUUUUCGUGUGCAUAUUGAUCUUGCUGAUAACUGCGAUGCUGUACAUGUCGCCCCACCUUAACGCCUACCACAUUCAACCGUUUCUUUGGGGUGAAUCUUGGGUAUUGGCCAGGCAGCCACAAGAUGACGUCCUCUCGCUUCAUAGGCAGUCCAUCACCUCGCUGGGGGAGGUCAAGGGGGAGGAUAGUACAAGCAGUUGGGAGGCACUACAGAAGGAGAGGAGAGCUGUCGUGCAGGAGGAGUGUGGAAGGAUCUCUACUAACUCCAGCCUAUUUCAGGUCCUUCAGAAAGACCCAACACUUAAACGCCUCCUGAUCGACGACACUCACCAAGCUAUCUACUGCUUCGUACCCAAGGUUGCCAGUACCACGUGGAAGGUGGUGUGGGCGGAACUAACAGGUCGCGUCAGCAUCAGUAAAAAACAGCAUGAAACUUUUUCUUGGUUACAUUCCUUGUUUAAUAAUGACAUAAGGAAAGAGAACCGCCAGAAGUCUGAUCUCAAACACAAGGUGUCGUCUUACACCAAAUUCCUGGUUGUGCGUCACCCGUUUGAGCGGCUUCUCUCAGCUUACAGAGACAAGAUCCUCGUCCCUGACAACAAAAGCUUCCAGAAGGGUGUUCUUUCGUUUGUUAAGAGACAUCGCUCAAAUGCAACUAUUAACGAUAUCCAGUGGUCAGAUUUUGUAACUUACCUCAUCGAAGGAGGAUACCGACUGAACAUCCACUGGAUGCCCUACCCGAAGCUCACUUACCUUUGCACCAUCGACUACGAUUUCAUCGCCAAGUAUGAGACUCUUGUACAAGAUUCCAACGAAAUCCUGCGGAGAAUAGGAGCCCCCGAGUCUUUGCAUUUCCCCGGAAGUCAAUCCUCCAAUACCAAGUCGCUGUUGGACUCAUACAUGAAGAUGCUUACCAAGGAGCAGAUCAAACGUCUCUACACCAUAUAUAAAACAGACUUUACAUUCUUCCAAUAUACUUACAAUUUUGAGUGACUCUCCUGGGGUGGGAGGAGGGGGAAGGGGGUUAAUAAUAUGUUAACUGAAGUAGUUUAGAUGAAAGGCAGUACAAGGUGAGUUGCUGACUCCCUCGCCCCACCUCCCUGUCUCACCCCACCUCCCUGUCUCACCCCACCUCCCUGUCUCACCCCACCUCC